AUAGGAUCAAGGCAUUUAGAGGGUGAGGGAGGGAAGCAUCAUGGCUGCUGUGAGCCCGCUGUGAGUUGGCCGAGUUGGCAGGGACUGCUGGCAUUGAAGGAGGUUGCUGAGGAGGGAAAAUCCUUUAGGAGAUUCCUUAUCUUGUCCAAGAGAGUGUUGCGUAGGUGGAGGGUACAUGGGCAUUUGGCAAGGAUAUGCUCUGUAGUGUCCUCUUCAAGUUUGCACAGGGCACAAGUUGUAUAUAGGGCCUUGAAGUACGCCAGAAAGUAAGCACUCCCGCGCCCUCUAUCGUUCAACUUCACCGCGAAAUGCGAAAAUGGCGACGACGGGCAAAGUCAAAGACAAAAAAGUAGAAGUUGUCAAAGUUACACAUGAUCAGCUGAAAAGAAGGGUGGAAACUCUGAAGAAAGAUGCAAGUCAUGAAAGGCGCGAUGAUCCAAAAGAGAAAGCAUCCUCACAGAUGGGUGCAGCAGAAAAAGCAGAGAAACAUCCUACCAAGUCACGCUCUACAAAGGCACGUAGGGAAAAGGAACAGCGAAAGCCAGAUCAACAGUUAUAUAGGCCAGGCAUGUCCCGGAUAGCAAAGAAUUCUUCAUCGCCAGGAAGUGACUUGAAUUCUAGCCGAGAGGAAUCACCGACCAAACCUGUCCAGGAUCCAGUUAAUUUGAGUGAGAUUGGAUCCAAAGGGUUCCAGGUCUGCCACGUUCAUGAAGAAAAUCAAUCCAAAGAGCCAACCCCAAAAGAAGAGGCAACGCAUGUAGCUGAACCUGAACAUAGCAAGAAUCAAGGAUACGAGAGGUCAGGGACAGAAAAUGCACAAAGAGGAGGCAGGAAUGGCAGUAGGAAUGAUAAAUUUGACAGACAAGCUGAGAGUGGUGGUAGCCAUGCCCAUUCUGGAUCAAGACCAUGGGAUAAACAGGAACCCUUGCAUCAUAGAGAACGAGGUUCACGUAGACCUUGUAGAGAGGAGUCCUCAAAGGUGUCCAGGGUUGGGAAGGCACCAUCUUUACAUAAUGAACAUGCAGAUGAAGACACCUGGGAAAUCAAACCAGAGGAUUGGGAAGCAGAAACUACAUGUAAAUCUUCAGGAAUCAAGGUCAAUAAGGGUCAAAGUGCACCUAAACAUGCGCAGAGUCGCAAUAGAAACCAAAGUCACCAACAGCAUGUGCUAGGUCAGAAUAAGAAUGAAAGCCCACCAAAACAAGUGCAAAGUCGCAAUGGCAAGCAAAGACAUAGUGAUGACGUUAGAAAUAAAGAUAGAAAGCAAAAUGCUGAUGAUGAUCCUAAUGUUUCAGAAAAUACACCACAGGAAAUAAAGAGCUUGAUGGGUAGUGAUUGGGAUAAGGAGUUCGAGCAGCAGUACCAAGCUCAACAUUCCCCUAAGAAGACAGACCCUCGUCAUAAAGUUACAAAACAAAAAGAAACAGUAGAACAGCUUCCUCAGAGCAGAAGAGCUUCAGGGAAAGCUAAUGCUAGACAAGACCAUGGACCAAGGACAAGCAACAAAAAGGGUCACUCAUAUUCAGAGGUAGACUCAUCACAACAUGAGCCUAAGAAAGAUCUUGUCAAGUCAUCCAGGCAGAAUUAUGCUUCAGAAAUACAGAAGCUACGAGCUAAGAAAGAAAUGAUGGAAAGAGAGAAUUCAAGUCAAGAAGAAUUUGAAACUGCGUCUAGUGCAAAAGAUCUACAGAUUACAGUUAAAACAGGGUCUGAGGUUGAUGACAGAUUGCGGGUGGUACAGGAAAAGCCUGCCAAAAGCUACUCUUCAGGUCAGUCUCGGCAGAGGAUUGACUCAGACAUUUCCAACUCCAAGAGGAAUGAGAAAACUGAUAAGGGACCUGUUUUGACAAUGUCUGGCGAAUGGGAGGAAGAAGUUGACGAUCUUAACUUUCAUGUUGAAUCCAUGGUCAUUACUAAUCGUAAGUUUCAAAAGAAAGAAUCUGAUAAACCUGGAAGAUUUGAGAGACCAUUUCAAGACAGGACGCAUCCACAUAGAGAUGAAAGAUGUCAAAAUGAACAUUAUGAUGACAGAGAAAGACUGUCUGAGAGACCAGAUAUUGAAGGAACAAGACCACCAACAAGAGAUGAAAGGUCUCAAAUGAAAAAUCGUGAUGAAGUAGGUUAUGGCAGAUUGGAUAAUAGAAGACCUCAAAAUAGAAAUGACAGGUUUCAAAAUAAAGAUUACAGUGAGAAAGACUUUGAGAGACCACACAAUGAUAGGCGGAGACCUCCAGACAGAGAUGAAAGAUAUCAAACUGAAUAUCAUGAUGAUAGAGCCUUACAGACACCAGAUAUUAAAGAAACAAGACCAUCAGCAAGAGAUGAGAGAUCUCAAAUGAAAAAUCGUGAAGCAAAAGGUUAUGGGAGAUCAGAUAAUAGAAGACCAUCACAAAGAAAUGACCGAUUUGAAGAUAGAGAUCACAGUGACAGAGAUUAUGAGACACCACGUGAGGAUAGGCGAAGACUUUCAGAUAGAGGUGAAAGGCAAACUAUGCAACAUGAUUCACAAACGUUUCAUUCAGGAACCUCCAAUAAUGAAAGAAAAGAACAAAGAAAUGACAGGAAUAGAGAUAAGGAUGAACCUUACCUGUCAGGGAAUGAUAGUCGAUAUAGGAACAGAGAGGAAUCUUACAGACAAGGACACAAUAAGCAAUCUGUGGAUUUAGGGCGAUCUGGUCAGUCUGGAAGUGACAGGCAGCAUAGAAAUGAUGAAGAUUCACAAAGAUCAGGAAAUGGACGUCAUGAAGAUGGUAGAAAAGCUCCUGAUAAAAGGUAUGAUCAAGACGGAGGUCGGCAUAGUGGGGAACCACAAAGAGACCACAAAGACCAAGAUGAGCGGAAGCGCUAUCACUCUGGGGGGAAAAAGGACACAAGGAGACAUCACAUUUCUGUGUCUAGCGAUGAUAGUUCUGAAAGACAUGGGAGAAGGAGAGGCAGCAGUGAAGCUGAGGAGUCUGGUACUAAGCAUGGAGGGGGUAUACUGAGGCUGCCUGGGAAGACAGAACAAGAGAAACUUAAACCUCAAGGUAAUUAUGCUCCUGUGUAUGAUCAGUACUAUCAUCCUCCUGAGGAACAUACUGAUGCACCAGUGCUUCCUGAUGAAUCCAAGGCCAAGCCAAAGGGACGUACUGGUGACCAAAGUCGCCUCUGGGACCCUAGUAAGCCAAAUCAAAAGCCUGCUUUGCAGCAGCAUCAAACGAAGCAUGGGGAACUGCAUUUCCAGGACCCUGAGUCAGACAAAGGAGAAUCCAGGGGAGAGGGAACACCACCUGCCACCCUGCAAGAGAAUUGGAAUUCAUACAUUCCAAAUUUUCCACCUGGAUUUGCUGGGAUGGUGCCGCCUCAUUAUGGGUACCCACCUCCUCCGCCAGGCUACUCAGUGCCCACUUCUUCCUGGGAAAACCAACCUGAAGGAGCCCAGACAUACAAGUCUGGUAAUCCUCCCCUUCCACCUUAUAUGAUGCAGUAUCCACCACCCUACGGUAGACAUCCCAAUCCACUACCCCCUGGGAUGCCAUAUCCGGGAUACCAAAAUCCACCCCAUGCUGCCAUGAUACAGGAGCACCUGUCUGUGAACCGGCAAUCAGCUCAGAAACUCCUACGGGAUGCUGCUCGUUGUGAGACAGACCUCUUCAAUGCAUUGAGUCAUGGCAUCUCAACCAGGGAGAUGCUACAGCAACUCCAAGACAAGCAGCAAGAGCUAGAACAACUCUAUGAGGGCAUCAUUCUCUUAGAUCUUGACCUGUGUAAUCAGUACAAUGUAGAGCAGAUGCUGUGGAAGAACUGCUAUUAUCAGAUUAUAGAAGCCCUGAGGAAGGCCAUACAGGAACAACCUAAUGGGGACAGCUACAAAGAAGAUCUUCUAGAUUUUAUGCAUCAUGGUACUACGUUCUAUGAAGGGGUGCUGAAUAAGCUGCAAUCAACAUAUCACUUCCAGUUAGAAAAUCGUACCGGUCUAGAUCCCCUUCAUGAAGAACGAAGAAGAUCAAUUAAAUUGGCCCUGUUGAGUGCUCAGAGAUGCAUGAUAGCACUUGGCGAUAUAGCCAGGUACAAAGAGCAAGCCAAUGAGACCAACACCUAUGGGAAAGCAAGGAGUUGGUAUAUGAAAGCACAGCAUCUUGCUCCAAGGAAUGGAAGACCUUACAAUCAGCUAGCUAUCUUGGCCUUGUAUACGAGACGUAAACUUGAUGCAGUCUAUUUUUAUGUGAGAAGUUUAGCAGCUACUAAUCCAUUCCUUACAGCCAGAGAAAGUUUGAUGACCUUGUUUGAGGAAGUCAGAAGGAAGGUUGCUCAUAAAGAGCAAGAGGAAAUUGAGGCAAGGAGAGAGAUGGAGAGAAGAAGAGAACAGAGGAGAAAAAGGAGGAGACCGUCUCAAGAUGAGAACAGGGGUAGGAAAGAGGUCUGGAUUGCUCACGAUGGGAAGGUGGAAGGAGGAGAGAGGACGGAAGAGGAAGAAGAUGAUGAAAUAGAGAAAGGGGAGAAUCUAUCUCACCUGUCUGCUGCUGAGCUCAACAAGAAGUUUGUGCUAAGUUUCCUGAAUGUCCAUGGGAAGCUCUUCACAAAGACAGGGAUGGAGGCAUUUGGUCAUGCGAGAGAUCAUCUAUUGCGAGAAUUCAAGGCACUCUUAGACCAUUCACCCUCAGCUAUCCUGAGUACAAGACUCAUUCAGCUCAUGGCUAUCAACAUGUUUGCUGUAGCUAACAUAUCUCCUUCAGGUGACAUCCCCCCUACAGCUGAGGGUUGUCCACCUCUCCUACAACAAGCCAUCCUGCUUGGUCUUCACAUGUUUGCCUUACUAUGUUUAAGAUGCUGCUCACUUUUACAAGAUCAUCUACAAGAGCAAAGUGGAGAUCAGAGUGUGUUGUCUCAGGAUCUUCAUGAGCUGCUACCUGGUGUCAAGGUCUAUGCUGACUGGAUGAUGUGCCAUCCAAAGCUUUGGAACCCUCCUCCCAGCUCAGAUACUACCUCCUAUAGUGCAUCGCUUGAUGUUUGGUCUUCGGUGGCACAAUUCUUGAACCUUGUAAAGAGAGUGCCUGUACCUGAUGUUAAGUUUGCUGUCAAUGGUGAAGAAGACAGCUUAGAAGUAUUGUUACCAGAAGACAUGGCACUGUCAGGCUUUGUACCUCUUAUGGCUCUUCCUCUUCAACCUGUAUUCAUCCAAGCUGAUACAUCCAAGAUUCUUGCCAAUGAUCGUGUUCGCCUGGACUCACUGACCAUGUUUGGUGAGUAUUUGAGUGGACAAGAGACUCCUCUUAUCAGCUUCUCAGUCAAGACGGAUUCUUAUGUCUCAGUAGCACCCAAGGCACCGCCCCCCAGAGAGACAGAUCAAAGCUACCGUCAAGAAGAUCAUGAGAUAGGAGGAUAUGACAAUGAUGAUGUGAUUGUGAUGGAUUCCUACACGGAAGAUGAACCACCUCAUGGAGAUGGUACAAUCAGUAGAUUGAGAGAAAGGAGAGACAGUUUAGAGAAACAACUCAGGGAUAGGGAACUUAGAGAAUCCCAUAUUCAGGCCAUUGUUGAGAGUCAUCGUUCCCAACGUCUUCUGGAGAUAGUCAUAAAGCCUUACUAUCUUAUACCAGACACUAACUGCUUCAUUGAUCACCUACCCGCUAUCCAGAGAUUGGUGUUAUGUCAGAGGUACCUCAUGGUGGUCCCUCUAGUAGUGAUCAAUGAGUUGGAUGGCCUAGCCCGUGGUAGUAGGGAAGGCCAGUACAGUGACCCUCACCAUGCAGUCAAGGUUCAACAUGGAGCAAGGUAUGCUGUAGAGUAUCUUGAGGAGGAGUUUGCUAACAGAAACCGUUACCUUUGUGCCUUGACCUCUAAAGGAAGUAUCCUGGACAGUAUUAGGUUCAGGAGUGAGGAUGCUGAUUGGAGGGGUAACAAUGAUGACCAUAUUUUGAGAUGCUGCAUGCAUUAUUGUUCAGAUGAUCCAAGGCAAUAUAUGCCAGCUGAUAAAGAUGCUCCUCUGCAGAUUAAACGAGAGGUUGUUCUGUUGACGGAUGACCGGAAUCUGAGGGUGAAGGCUAUCCAGCAGAACGUCCCAGUCAGAGACAUCAUCAUGUUCAUCAGAUGGGCCAAGGUAUGAAAGAAGUCAUCCAGGAGGAUGUCUUCCAGAAUGUAACAGUUGAGUUGUUCAGCAGUGUUCAUCUAAAUCUUGAUGAUAGACAGGUUGUUUAAGCUGGCACCAAAGAUGAAUGAUUGCAAGUAGUUUAGAGUGAUGCCACUGUACAAGCUGAAGCAUGACUUCAGGCCCUUUCAUUUAUUGUCAGGCAAUGCAAAAGUGGGCUUUAAAGAUUCAUUCUAAAAUGUGCCAUUUGUAUGACUACUUAAUAGGCUCAUGCAAUUUAGAAUACAUCCAGCAUGAUACGCAAACUCUUUGGGUAUUUUCAUUUUGAUCAAGUAGGAAGAAAGUUUUAAGCAAGGAUAAAAUCAUAUAUUUGUGAGAACAAAUUUACAAGGAAACACUGGGCAUACAUGCAUACCAUGUGUGCAUGUACAAAAAAGACCAAUGUGAUGAAAUUUUUUUCCUUGAGCGACUCCUCCUAUGCUUGCAUUUGAAAACCAAAGUCUUAUUUCCCCUGUGCAUCUACCUGGUUCAUCAGAGAUUCAGCGCCCAUAUUAAAAUGAAUUGUUAUUACAGGCAAUUUUGAAAAUACAUUGCUGUAAGCAUGUAAUCUUGCCUCUUUAUAUUUUUAAAAUUGUUCUUAAUCCUUAUCGAAGAGUUUUCAGUUCAUUAUACUCAAAAGAAUUUUUACACAUUUUGUUGACCUAAAUUAGCCCUCUGGAUAGCCUUCUAUUUGGGGCUGAGUGUCAUUUUGACUGAAAUUUAUGAUGAUAUUAUCAUUGAUUUGAUUCCAAGCGUUUUAAAUCAGCACCACUUCCAGAUCUUUCACUCUUUUAUAACAGUGAAUGAGAAAAUCCAACCAAUCAGCUUCUGUUUCCCCUUUUCCAUCCCUUGAUUGAAGAAAUCUUACAUAACACUGAGUCAAUUCAAUAACAAUAAAGUCAAUUAUAAAUAUACCUUGUUUGAAUGUAUGUUGUAAAAGUGAGAAAAGCACAGUGCAUAAGCCAGUUAUCAGCUGGUUGAAGGGUCUUUUCCAACUUUCACAUCAUAAACCUACUGUGUUCAUAAUAUUCCUUGUAUUUUGUGUUCGCUUUUAUCAAGGAAUAAAAAGUUGCUGCCACCCAUAUACUACUGCUGGUGUGAUGAAACCUCAUAUACCAUUAAAGGUCUUAGUUCAAAUACACAGCUGAGUUAACAUGGUAUCUGACUGGGAAGUCUUUUUUAUUUGGCUUCCUGUUGGGGUGGCUUAAUCUUUGGAGAUAGAGAUGGAUUCAUGACAUUACUUGAUAAAUCAUCUUUUUUCUUAAACAAAAAGUGAAUUUUCCAAAAUUGGAGACAGAAGUCUUGUCACCCUUGUGCCAAUGUUUAUUUAAUGGAGUGUUUAAGUAAGUUAGGUUUUUGUGCCAAAGAUCUUUCAUUCUUAUGAAUAAUAUGUAUCCACAUCGUGAAGGUCUGUCAUAAGUUGGUCUUGAUUCUCUUGAUGUUGUAGUGUGUCACAAUGAAUGUAAACAAGCAUUGUGAAUAAGAUUUUAUUGGGCAUAGACAUUGGGGGAAAUCCAGUUUAUCUCCAUGGAAGAGUUGUGACAUGUUCAAAUCAAACUCAAACUGAGAUCGAUCUCAAAAUUACUAACUAGAUUUUCAAUUCAAUUUGUGUUUGAUGUGAAUAAAUUGCAACUCUUUCCAAGACAGGGCAGGUCUCAUUUUCAUGUAAAAAUGUAUUCUUUGUAGGAAUCUUUGCAUUAUUGGUUGUUUGAAAUGAUUCUUAGGUGGUAAAAAUAAAUUUUUGCCUUUGUCUGAUUCCGUCACUAUUGGAGUGCCAAUAGUCAUAAUAUUCUUUUGAUUUAUUUAUAAAUUGAAUUUUAGUCAGACAAAACUAAAUGAAUUUUUCAUGUUUUCAGGGACUAUUGACAGGCCUUAGGUUGUAGAUAAUUUGCUCUGAUUGGUAGGGAAAUAGUUCAUUUGCUUUCUCAGUGGAACAAAAGUCAUAAUGUUCAUUUCAAGUACUGAUAAUCCACUCAAAACCUUGUUGAAUAUCUUGAACACUUUUAUAAAAAAAGAGUUAAUCCUUAUUUACCAUGGACAAUCAUUUAUUAUGUACAUGUUCUUGUUGCCACAUUUUCACAAGAAAAUAAAUGUGAAUGUUUUCAAACUA